CUGUAUCUAUAUUGCUGUCUCCUUUGUCUGGGUAGCUCUUCGACCUUGUCCAUCUGCUCUGUCUCUCGACGCAGAUAACACUGAACUUAGACGAAAAGCUUAGAUCUAAAACUGAAAUCUCUCUAGCCCUAGCUCCAAGAACGAUCUUGUAUGGCUCUUUUCAGAUAUAUGAAGAAACGAGUGUAUGUUUCACCUGUUUGUUGAAGUGCCAAUCUCUGUUUCGUUAAGGUGAAGUUGUAAUAUUUGAAUAAGCUAGAAUGGCGGUCACUGAUGCUCAAAACCCACUUCUCAACGAGAUAACUUGCGGGUCUUUGCUGCAGAAAUUGCAGCAAAUAUGGGAUGAAGUUGGUGAGAGUGAGGAGGAGCGUGACAAGAUGUUACUUCAAUUAGAACAAGAGUGCUUGGAUGUUUACAAGAGGAAGGUUGAUCAGGCUGCAAAGUCAAGGGAACAGCUUCUUCAGGCCUUGGAUGAUGCCCAAUCUGAAUUGUCCAAUCUUCUCUCAGCUUUGGGGGAAAAAAGCUUUGCUGGAGCUCCAGAGAAGACUACUGGGACAAUUAGGGAGCAACUUGCAGCUAUAGCACCUGUGUUGGAAAAGCUUUGGAAGCAAAAAGAGGAAAGAAUAAAGGAAUUUUCUGAUGUACAGUUACAGAUUCAGAAAAUAUGUGGGGAGGUUGCUGGGAACUUGAAACUUAGUGAGCAGGUGGGGCCUCCUACGGUUGAUGAAGCAGACCUAUCCCUCAAGAAGUUGGAUGAAUUUCAUGCUCAACUCCAGGAACUUCAAAAAGAAAAGAGUGAUAGAUUGCACAAAGUCCUUGACUUUGUAAGCACUGUACAUGACCUCUGUGCUGCGUUGGGCAUGGAUUUCUUCAGUACUAUUACUGAAGUUCACCCAAGCUUAAAUGACUCUGUUGGUGUGCAAGCCAAGAGUAUUAGUAAUGAUACACUAUCAAAGUUGGCUAAGACAGUACUUGCCCUAAAAGAAGAGAAGAAACAAAGGCUGCAAAAGAUUCAAGAAUUAGCAGCACAGCUAUUUGAUCUGUGGAACCUGAUGGACACGCCUGAAGAGGAGAGGAAUUUGUUUGAGCAUGUUACCUGUAACAUUUCAGCUUCUGUAGAUGAGGUUACAAUCCCUGGGGCCCUUGCUCUUGAUCUGAUUGAACAGGCUGAGGUGGAAGUUGAAAGACUUGAUCAGUUAAAAGCAAGCAGGAUGAAGGAGAUAGCUCUUAAAAGACAAGCUGAGCUUGAAGAGAUAUAUGCUCAUGCUCACAUAGAAAUAGAUUCCGUGGCAGCUCAAGAAAAAAUAAUGGCCUUGAUUGAUUCUGGGAAUUUUGAGCCCUCUGAAUUGCUCGCUGACAUGGAUAAUCAGAUUGCAAAAGCAAAAGAAGAGGCCAUCAGUAGAAAAGAGAUACUGGACAAAGUUGAAAAGUGGAUGUCAGCUUGUGAAGAAGAGAGUUGGCUUGAAGACUACAAUCGGGAUGAGAAUAGGUACAAUGCUAGCAGAGGUGCACACAUAAAUCUUAAGCGUGCAGAAAAAGCUCGCAUUUUGGUCAAUAAAAUUCCAGCUAUUGUUGACACCUUGGUGGCGAAGACACGAGCCUGGGAGGAGGAGCGUGGCAUAUCAUUUACAUAUGAUGGCGUUCCUCUCCUUGCCAUGCUAGACGAAUAUGCCAUGCUCAGGCAUGAUAGAGAGGAAGAGAAACGGAGAAUGAGAGAUCAGAAACGAUACAAUGAGCAACUGAAUACGGAACAAGAAGCUAUAUUCGGUUCAAGGCCGAGUCCAAACAGGCCAAUUGCUCCAAAGAAAGUGAUGGUGCCACGUGCCAAUGGAAGUGCAAACGGAACUCCCAGCAGAAGGUUAUCGCUGAACGCUCAUCAAAAUGGUGCGAGAUCCGCGGCUAAAGAUGGGAAGAAGGAUAACAGUCGACCUGUAGCUCCUGUGAACUAUGUCGCCAUAUCUAAAGAGGAUGCUGCUUCGCAUGUAUCGGGCACUGAACCACUUCCUUCUUCACCUUGAUAGAUAGUACAAGGCUGUGAGUCUAGUUAGUUACCAGAUUAGGAAUGUAUCCCUUAAUAAUCGUAAGGGUAGCUAGAGACUGGAUGUUGUUGUUGUAUUGGCGUUUGGUAGCUUGGCUUUUAUAUCAUAAGCUUUACCGAUUUUUGUUCUUACUUGCAUAUGGAAAGGCAGUUUUCAUCCAAAACAAAA